AUGCGGACGCCGGUGGUGAUGACCGUGGGCAUGGUGCUCGCGCCCUGCGGGCUGCUGCUCAACCUGACCAGCACGCUGGCGCCCGGCUGGCGGCUGGUGAAGGGCUUCCGCGACCAGCCUGUGGACGUGGUGUUAUACCAGGGCCUUUGGGACAUGUGCCGCGAGCAGAGCAGCCGCGAACGCGAAUGCGGCCAGCCGGACGACCUGGGCUACUUCAAGGCUGAACCUGUGCUCGUGGCGCGGGCACUCAUGGUAACGUCCCUGGCGGUCACUGCCCUGGGGCUGCUGCUGGCGUCGCUCGGCGUGCGCUGCUGGGAGGAUGAACCCCGCUUCUUGCUGGCCGGCCUCUCGGGCCUGGUGCUCUUCACCGCGGGCCUCUUCAGCCUCAUCCCGGUGUCCUGGUACAAUCACUUCCUGGCGGAUCGCACCGUCCUGCCGUUCCAGGAGAGCCCGGUUACGGUGGAAGUCAGCUACAGCCUGGUGCUGGGCUACCUGGGCAGCUGCCUGCUGCUGCUGGGCGGCUUCUCGCUGGCUCUCAGCUUCGCGCCUUGGUGCGAGAAGUGCUGUCUACGCCGCCGCAAAGCAGCCUCCGGCAGCCCUCGCCGCCCCAGCAUCAGCACCGUGCACGUCGACUGGCCCCAGCCGGCGCUCCCGCCCGCCAUCAAGUACUACAGCGACGGCCAGCACCGGCCGCGGCCCGCCGAGGUCGGCCCCGCCGACAAGCCCAAGGUGGGCUUCCCCAUGCCGCGGCCGCAGCCCAAGACCUACACCAACCCGGUGGACGUGCUCGACUUUGAGACGGGGGCCCCAUCCCAGGGCGCCUCCUCGCGCAGCACGCGCCCGUGCCACAGCUCCCUGCCCUGCGACUCCGACCUCUAG